CUUUCAGCUGUUGCUGAAAGAUUCAGAGAUUUCAAAUCCAAGCUAGUAACUGGCUGGAUUACGAAGACCCGUGCCCGUACGACCAAAAAGGUCAAAACGGCAAACGAAGGUGGAGAGCAAGCACCUUCGAAGAUGCCCUACGAAAUAUGGGGUCACAUAUCGAAGAGGGAUUGGGAGGCCUUUGUUGCCAAAAGAACAACUCCCAUAGAAGUUGAAAAGCGUGGUAAAGCUUCUGAUUCUGCAAGCAAAAGGAAGUUUUACCAUCGCUUAGGCCAGAAAACGUACGAUGAGGUCCGAAAAGAGUGGGUGGAUGCGGGUUUAUACCCCAAUCAAAGUUCAUCCACACCCUCAUCUACGACUACCUCCGCAUCCGUACAUACUCUUGCUGGAGAUCGGGUGCGUGAUUGGUAUUGCGGGCUUCAUUCCCGAGAUGCAAGUGGUAAAUUUACCAUUAAUGAUCCGGGAACGAAGAAGGUUGCUGAUGCUGUGAUGGGCUGGAAGGAAAAAGAAGCUACGGGGGAGUUCACCCCAAAAGGCAAUGUUGACGCAUUGCAUAUGGUCUUAGGGAAAGACCACAGUGGGCAGGUAGUCGGAAAAGGAGGCGUCCGCGUGGGGUUACAGAAGGCAUUCGGCAAAGAGUGUGUUGCUACUCAAUCCCGAACGGCACUGCGGGAAGAAGCAGCAACCCUCCGAGCGGAGAUUACGAAGGACGUUCUCGCGAAGGUGGCCACCGUGUUGCAAAAGAUGGGUGCACCCAUUUCUUGUCAAACUCAAGAUCAAGAUGUCAAAACUUUGAUAUUCUUGAAUUAUUCAAGAAUCAUGGAUGUCAUCAUCAAACAUGUGACAUAUAAGGAACUCUCAAUUCAUUCUGAGUUGGCAACUGAGUUGGGCAAUGUUAGGGUAGAUGAGGUGGAGCUCGAAAGAUCUGAUGUGGCACAUGAGGUUGUGGAUGAGUUGGAAAGAGCAAAUGUAGAUGUUGCUGUUGGGAAAAUCGGACCACCAAACACAUAUACGGGUUAUAAAGAAUGUGUAAGUGCUAACCCUAGAUCCAAAACAAAUAACUCAGCAGCUAUUUCUACCCUAAACCUUACACCAAUUGAGAGAGGCCACAUACAACAAGAACUUUGUGAUUUUGAGGAUAGCAGUGAUGAUGAUUACAGUUGUGGUGAUUAG